UCAUCUCAUCGCACCUCACCUCACCUCACGGUCCUGGCACUGCCUCAGCAUGGCCAUCUCAUCACGCCUCGCCCUGUGGGAGCAGAAGAUUCGGGAAGAGGACAAGAGCCCUCCACCAUCCUCGCCCCCUCCCCUCUUCUCUGUCAUCCCAGGGGGUUUCAUUAGGCAGCUGGUCCGGGAGACUGAGAAAGAGUCCAAGGAAGCACGACGGAGGAAACAGGCAGUGCUUGCCUCUCCAGAACGAGAGACCCCAGACAUUUCUACCAGUCAGCCUGACAGUGGCACCAAAUCUGGAAGCCAGCACCUCUCCCAGAACGACCAGUCGAGCUCUCCUCAGAGCUCAAACACUCUGGACAGGAAGAGCGAGGGGGCUGGCACCAUGGACCCCGUGCUCAUGUCCAGCAUCAAUGGCGAGAAGCCCCAGGAGUCAGGUCCCAGUGGGACACCAGCCAGAAAAAGCCUGCCCUUCAAGAGAGGGGUGAGGAGGGGCGACGUGUUGCUGAUGGUGGCCAAGCUGGACCCGGACUCGGCCAAGCCGGAGCAGAGGACCCAGCCCCAGGAAGCCCCCACUUGCAAGACCCCACCCCCAGCCACGGACCCUGGAGGGGAAAAAAAGGGGGAGACCCCAGGGACUCCUCGUGGCCUCCAGGCCAGCACCAAGGAUUCAGCCCCGAAGGCUGAGAAGAACCAGACUGGGGGUGUUGGGGACCCAGGAACUGUGCUACUGACAAAAGGCGAGAAGGAUCAAGACACAGUGGGGAAAGGGGGCAGGGCCCCCCAGACCAAAGGGAUGAAAGGGGGUGAGCCCCAGGGCAAAGAGGGGCCGGGUGAGGGGAGGCCACCAGGGACGGCGGAGAAAGGGGGAGGGGACCCCCCAAACAAGGUGGCAAAGGGGAAUUUCCCCAAGGAUGCAGCAGGUGUAGGGAGGUGGGCCGGGGCCCAAGCCCAGGUAAGAAAGUGGGGAGGUUCCCUGGGCAGAAGGAGCAAGUGGGACGGUCCCCAGAGUAAGAAGGACAGAGAAGGUGCGCUCCUGAGGAAGGCAGACAGGACAGACGAACCUCAGACUAAGGUGGAGAAGACAGGCAAAGUGCAGGGGGUGGAGGGGGAAGCUCCUGGAGCGAUGGAGAAAGUAGAUGACCCUCAGGGCAGGCGUGGAAAGGCAGGUGAGCCCCAGGGUAAGAUAGAAAAGGUGGGGCAACCUCAGAGCGAGUCUGGAGAGGCAGGUAGAGCUGGGAGUAAGACAGAGGAGGACUGUAAAGCCCCCAAGGAGGUGGAUGCGUGUGGAGAGACCCUGGCAACAGCCAGGAAGAAGGACCAGCCUGAGAGCAGAGGCCGGAAAGCAGAGGAACCCUGCACUAGAGCAGGUGAUGGGGCUGGGGCCCUGGAGAUGGAGCCGCAAGGACCCGGCCAGCCUGCUCUGGAGAGCAAUGUGGAGAAGCCUCAGAGGCAGGCGGAGAGCCCAGAGGGGCCAGCCCUGCAGGAGGGGAGCAGAGGAGGCCAGAGCGGAGUCUUGGACCAGGCUCCUGAGGACAGAUGGUAUGAGGCCGAGAAAGUCUGGCUGGUUCGGAAGGAUGGAUUUACUCUUGCAACAGUGCUGAAGCCUGACGAGGGAACAGCCGACCUGCCGGCAGGAAGGGUGCGACUGUGCAUUGAUGCCGACAAAAGCAUCAUCGAGGUGGAUGAGGAUCACGUUGAUCGGGCCAACCCCCCCGAGCUGGACCAGGCCGAGGACCUGGCCUCCCUGGUCAGUGUCAACGAAUCCAGCGUCCUGAACACGCUUCUGCACCGCCUCCGGGCUCAGCUGCCGCACACGCGCGCUGGGCCAGACCUGAUCGUCCUCCAGCCCCAGGGGCCCACGGCGCCCUCUGCAGGCAAGGUGCCCAGGAGCCGCCGGGAUGGCCCGCCUGCCCACAUUGGUUCCCUGGCCCAGCGGGCAUACUGGGCCCUGCUGAGCCAGCGGAGGGACCAGAGCAUCGUGGCCCUGGGCCGGAGCGGCGCUGGCAAGACCACCUGCUGCGAGCAGGUCCUGGAGCACCUGGUGGGGCUGGCGGGCAGUGUGGAUGGCAGGGUCUCAGUGGAGAAGAUUCGAGCCGCCUUCAUCGUCCUCCGGGCCUUUGGCUCUGUGUCCACUGGCCACAGCCGCAGUGCCACCCGGUUCUCCAUGGUGAUGUCGCUGGACUUCAACGCCACAGGCCGAGUCACGGCCGCCCAGCUCCAGACGAUGCUUUUGGAGAAGAGCCGCGUAGCCCGGCAGCCAGAAGGGGAAGGCAGUUUCGAGGUUUUCUCCCAGAUGCUGGCUGGAUUGGACCUGGAUCUCAGGACAGAGCUGUACCUGAACCAGAUGGCAGACGGCAGCUCCUUCGGCAUGGGCGUGUGGCCUAAGCCUGAAGAUAAGCAGAGGGCAGUGGCCGCCUUCGCCCAGCUCCAGGGUGCCAUGGAGACGCUGGGAGUUUUGGAGAGCGAGCAGAGGGCCAUUUGGCGGGUGCUGGCUGCCAUCUACCACCUGGGUGUGGCGGGGGCCUGCAAAGUGGGCCGGAAGCAGUUCAUGCGCUUUGAGUCGGCCAGCCACGCAGCAGAGGCCUUGGGCUGCGAGUACGAGGAGUUGAACACGGCCACCUUCAAGCACCACCUGCGCCAGAUCAUCGAGCAAGUGACGUCUGGGCAGCGCCGACAGGGCCCGGAGGACGAGGAGGCCGGCUCAGGGCUCAAGAUGACGGGUGUGGAGUGUGUGGAGGGCAUGGCCUCGGGCCUGUACCAAGAGGUGUUUGCUGCCGUGGUCUCGCUCAUCAACAGAUCCUUCUCCUCCCACCACCUGUCCAUGGCCUCCAUCAUGGUGGUGGACUCUCCAGGCUUUCAGAACCCCCGGCACCAGGGCAAAGAGCGGGCCGCCACCUUCGAGGAGCUGUGCCACAAUUACACUCAGGAGCGCCUGCAGCUGCUUUUCUACCAGCGGACCUUCGUCUCCACACUGGAGCGAUUCCGGGAGGAAAACAUUCCUGUGCAGUUUGACCUCCCGGAGCUGUCCCCAGGGACCACGGUGGCCGUUGUGGAUCAGAGUCCUUCGCAGGUCCGCUUGCCAACCGGAGGAGGCGUGGAGGACGCCAGGGGCCUUUUCUGGGUCCUGGAUGAGGAGGUCCGAGUGGAGGGCUCCAGGGACAGCGUGGUGCUCGAGCGCCUCUGUGCUGCCUUUGAGAAGAAAGGAGCUGGAGCUGAAGGGAUCUCUGCCCUCCGGACCUGCGAGCAGCCCCUCCAGUGCGAGAUCGCCCACCAGCUGGGACACGACCCCGUGCGCUACGACCUCACGGGCUGGCUCCACAGGGCCAAGCCCAACCUUUCGGCCCUGGACGCCCCCCAGGUCCUGCAUCAGUCAAAAAGGGAGGAACUGAGGGGCCUGUUCCAGGCCCGGGCCCAGCUGUCCCCCGUGUGCCGGGCCGUGGCCGGCCUGGAGGGCACCUCCCAGCAGGCCCAGCAGAGGAGUUGCGUGGUGAGGAGGACGUUCGCCAGCAGCGUGGCCGCGGUGAAGAGGAAGGCCCCGUGCUCCCAGAUCAAGCUGCAGGUGGAUGCACUGAUCAGCGUGAUCAGACGGUCUCAGCUACACUUCAUCCACUGCCUGGUGCCAAGCCCAGCGGUGGAGAGCAGAGGCGGGCAGGGGUCUCUGACUCCACUGCAGCCUGGUGGAGACAAGCCCGGGGCAGGCGGGUCCCUGCCCUUGGACAUCCCGGCACUGAGGGUGCAGCUUGCAGGGUCCUACGUCCUGGAGGCGCUGCGUCUGCACAGGGCAGGCUACGCUGACCACAUGGGGCUCACUCAGUUCCGCCGAAGAUUCCAGGUACUGGACCCCCUGCUCACGAAAAAGCUCAUGUCAUCCCCUGAGGGGGUGGACGAGAGGAAGGCCGUGGCAGAGCUCCUGCAGACCCUGGAUCUGGAGAAGAAGGCAGUGGCUGUGGGGCACAGCCAAGUCUUCCUCAAGGCGGGCGUGGUCUCCAGGCUGGAGAAGCAGCGGGAGAAGCUGGUGUCUCACAGCAUCAUCUUGUUCCAGGCGGCCUGCAAGGGCUUUCUGUCUCGCCAGGAAUUCAAGAAGCUGAAGAUUCACCGACUGGCCGCCCAGUGCAUCCAGAAGAACGUGGCUGUGUUCCUGGGGGUCAAGGACUGGCCGUGGUGGCAGCUCCUGGGUUCCCUUCGGCCCCUGCUGAGCGCCACCAUCGGGGAGGAGCAGCUCCGCGCCAAGGAGGCGGAGCUUACAGCCCUGAGACAGAAGCUAGAAAAGUCGGAGAAGUGUCGGAAUGAACUACGGCAGAACGCAGACCUGCUGGAGAGCAAGAUAGCUGAGUUGACCACAGAGCUGGCCGACGAGCGCUUCAAAGGGGACGUGGCCUGCCAGGUGCUGGAGAGCGAGCGGGCAGAGCGGCUGCGGGCCUCCCGGGAGGUCCAGGAAUUAAAGAGCAAGUAUGAGCAAGUACAGAAGAAUUUGGGAGAAGUGGAGAAGCAGUUGGAGGAAGCCCAGCAGAAAAUUCAGUUGAGUGAUUUGGAAAGGAGUCACACUGGAGGAGCAGAUGAGUGGCAGAUGCGCUUCGACUGUGCUCAGAUGGAGAACGAGUUCCUCAGGAAGCGUCUCCAGCAGUCCGAGGAGAGGCUGGACUCGGAGUUGGUGUCUAGGAACGAGCUGGAGCAGAAGCUUGGGGAGCUGCAGAGUGCUUACGAGGGGGUCAAGAAGAUGGCCCAGCAGCUGAAGAGGAAGUGCCACCAUCUGACCUGCGACCUGGAGGACACCCGCUUCCUGCUGGAGAGCCAGCAAAGCCGAAACCACGAGCUGGAGAAGAAGCAGAAGAAGUUUGACACGCAGCUGGCCCAGGCCCUGGGGGAGUCCGUGUUUGAGAAGGGCCUCCGCGAGAAAGUGGCCCAGGAGAACACCAGUGUCCGGUGCGAGCUGGGCAGGCUUCAGCAGCACGUGAAGCGAAAGGAGCAAGAAACCUUGCAGCUGAAGCAAGAGGUGGAGAUGCUUCAGGCCCAGAAGCGGGAGCUGCUGGGGUCACCCUCUCUGGGGGAGAAUUCCAUCGCCGGCUUGAAGGAGAGGCUCUGGAAGCUGGAAUCCAGUGCCCUCGAGCAAGAGAAGAUCCAGAACCAGCAGGAGAACACCAUCAAGCAGCUGGAGCAGCUCCGUCAGCGGUUUGAGCUGGAGAUCGAGCGGAUGAAGCAGAUGCACCAGAAGGACCGAGAAGACAAGGAGGAGGAGCUGGAGGAUGUCCGCCAGUCCUGCCAGAAGCGGCUCCGGCAGCUGGAAAUGCAGCUGGAGCAAGAAUAUGAGGAGAAGCAGAUGGUCCUCCACGAGAAGCAGGACUUGGAAGGCUUGAUUGGAACCCUCUGCGAUCAGAUCGGCCAUCGGGACUUUGAUGUGGAGAAGCGUCUUCGGAGGGACCUCAGAAGGACUCACGCGCUCCUGUCAGACGUGCAGCUCCUGCUGGGGACCAUGGAUGACAGCAAGACGUCGGUCAGCAAGGAGGAGCUGGAGAAGGUGCAGAGCCAGCUGCAACAGAGUGAAGCCAAGUGUGAGGAUGCCUUGAAGACCCAGAAGGCACUGACGGCCGACCUGGAGAGCAUGCACAGCGAGCUGGAGAGCGUGACCCGCAGCAAGAGCCUGGUGGAUGAGCAGCUGUACCGGCUGCAGUUUGAGAGGGCGGACCUACUGAAGCGCAUCGAUGAGGACCAGGAGGACCUGAAUGACCUCAUGCAGAAGCACAAGGACCUCAUUGCUCAGUCUGCUGCUGACAUUGGGCAGAUCCAAGAACUGCAGCUGCAGCUGGAGGAAGCCAAGAAGGAGAAGCACAAGCUUCAAGAACAACUGCAGGUGGCCCAGAUGCGCAUCGAGCACCUAGAACAGUCCACCGUGGACCGAGCCAUCGUCAGCAGGCAGGAGGCGGUCAUCUGUGACCUGGAGAACAAGACGGAAUUCCAGAAAGUGCAGAUCAAGAGAUUUGAGGUGCUGGUGGUCCGGCUUCGGGACAGCCUGAUCAAGAUGGGCGAGGAGCUCUCGCAGGCGGCCACGGCCGAGUCCCAGCAGCGGGAGAGCAGCCAGUAUUACCAGCGGCGCCUGGAGGAGCUGAAGGCGGACAUGGAAGAGCUGGUGCAGCGGGAGGCCGAGGCCAGCCGGCGAUGCGUGGAGCUGGAGAAGUACGUGGAGGAGCUCGCUGCAGUAAGACAGACCCUCCAGACAGACCUGGAGACGUCCAUCCGGCGGAUCGCUGACCUGCAGGCAGCCUUGGAAGAGGUGGCAUCCAGCGACAGUGACACGGAGAGUGUCCAGACAGCAGUGGAUUGUGGUGGCAGUGGCAGAAAAGAAAUAGAUAACGUCUCCGUCCUGAGCUCCCAGCCAGGGGGCAGUCGGCAGUCCUGGUUGAGUUGUACCCUGUCUCUGGCCACAGACACCGUGAGGACCCCCUCUCGACAGUCAGCCGUCAGUAGCCGUAUCCUCAGCCCCAGGCUCCACGAGGAGGCCGGCGACGGGGCCCGGGACGCCCACAGCAGGACCUUGGGGGAAAAGGCUGCGUCCCCGCUCUCCCUCCGUCGAGGAAAGUACGGCCCCUUCGGUGAUGGCGAAGAGUGUGGCAUCCAGAGAAAGCCCCCGGAGAGGACGGGCGCGCCAUCCUCCUCUCCGUCCUCCCGGAGUAGAGACGUGUCCCCGCUGCCCAGGGACAAGCUGCCUAGCCCUUCGGCAGCCCUGUCGGAGUUCGUGGAAGGGCUCCGGAGGAAGAGAGCGCAGAGGGGCCGGGGGUCACCGCUGGGCCUGGAGGACUGGCCCACCCUCCCCAUCUACCAGACCACCGGCGCGUCCACGCUGCGCAGGGCCCGGGCGGGCAGCGACGAGGGCGCCCUGGCGCUGAGGGCCGGGGCCGAGUCACCCCUGGACGCGUCGGCCGGGCUCCUGCGGUCCACCAGCCUGAAGUGCAUCACCUCGGAGAGCGUGGGGGGACCCAGCCCACCGCCCGAGAAGCUGAAGACCCGCUUCAGUUCCUGCGAGUCCCUCCUGGAAUCGGGGCCCAGCUCGCGGAGGACACCGAGCUCCCCGGUGGCGCUCAGGGACUCCUUCUUGUCGCCCACGCUGCGCCCGCGGAGGCGCUGCCUGGAGUCCUCGCUGGACGACACGGGUUGUCCGGACCUCGGGAAGGAGCCCCUCGUCUUCCAGAACCGCCAGUUCGCCCACCUGAUGGAGGAGCCCCUGGGCAGCGACCCGUUCAGCUGGAAGGUCCCGAGCCUCAACUACGAACGCAAGACCAAAGUGGAUUUCGAUGACUUCCUCCCGGCCAUCCGGAAGCCUGAGACGCCUACGUCUUUGGCCCCCGCGGCCAAAGACAGGCAAGACAGUUCACAGCAUACAAGCGUCCGCUUUGAGAUGGAAGAGGCCGACCGAGGCUUUCUCUCAGGGAUCACUACCGUUUUGAAAAAGAGCCCAGAGUCCAAGGAGGACCCUGCUCACCUCUCUGACUCGUCCUCCUCCUCCAGCUCCAUCGUGUCCUUCAAAAGCGCCGACAGCAUCAAGCGUCGGCCAAGAAUCCCACGGCUGGAGGGCGACGGCGGGGAGCGAACAUCCCCUGAGAACAGAGAGCCGGGGGCAGGGAGGAAAGAGGAGGAUGUUGAGAGCAUCAUGAAGAAAUACCUGCAGAAGUAGGAGCCACUCAGCCUCCUGGAACGCACUGCCCUUGGAGACUUCCCGACUCCACGACUAUCCGGAGAAAGAGACAAAGACCGGCCAGGCCUGCCCGGGGGCCCUGAGUCCACAGCCAGCGUGGCCGCCCUCAGGAGGCCUGGGGGCCCAGCACGGGCACAUCCCGCAGGGCAUGGGGCUCCCAGUCGUGCUAGGUCUGUACCAAAUAAAGUGUUGGCUCCUUGACAUCUGGGCUUUCUCUCUAUUCUGUGAUCUUGUUACCUGGGACUCUGGAGGGUUGAUGGGGUGCAGCUUGGGGUAGAAGGGUUCCAAGGAGGGGAACCAAUGCAAGCUGUUUGUGGUUUCGGGUGCACACUGCUGUUUCUCUCCCUACGUGUCUACACGCAGUGGCCUUGCUCCUCUUCACUUGGCCAAGUUCAUGUCAAGUGUCACCUCCUCCAGGAAGUCUUCCCUGAUACAUCAAACUGAAAUAAAUGCUCUUUCUCCA